GAGGCGAGCGGGCGUUCGGGCUGGAAGCGCCGGGUCGGGUCGGAGCUGCCCACUGCCAAGAUGGCGGCGGGAGCCUGGAAGGUGAAGCAGGACAUGCCGCCGGCGGGCGGCUACGGACCAAUCGACUAUAAGAGACGAUUGCCCCAACGGGGGCUCCCGGGUUAUGGCCUUCUUGCCAUUGGACUUGGGGCUUUUGUUUUUGGCUCUUAUGUCAUUUUCAAAUGGAACUGGGAGAGAAGACAACUAGCCUUUGAAGAACUGGAAGCGCGGAUAGCAAUGAUGCCUCUCUUAAUGGCCGAAGAGGACCGAAGGACACUACGCCUCUUGCGUCAUAAUUUUGAUGAGGAAACCAAGAUCAUGAAAGAUGUUCCUGGCUGGCAGGUGGGGGAGUCUGUCUUCCACACCACACGUUGGGUGGACCCCAGAAUUGAGGAAUUGUACUACCUUCACCCAGCAAAAACUCGGCAACAGGCCUACUUUGGGUUCUCAUUGAGCACAUAAGCAAGGAUUGUGGAAGGAACCAUGUCUCUUGCUUUCCCAGGAUGGGACAUAUUUCUUAAUAAACUAAUGCUCUGUGGAGCAUCAACCCUC